AUGCCUGCCACCACCUCAUCCAUGCUUUCCACUCUCCUCCUCGCCAUUCCCCUGCUCUUCCCCUACGUUACCACUGCCGCCGCAAUCGUCAAGAAAGACAUAUCAUCCGCAGUCGUAGUAGCUUCCGAAGCAGCCCUCGUAGACGCAGCCGUCACUUUCACCUUAUUCUCCAGCGAUGCCCAAUGCCGGGCCAACCAGGGCACCCGGGGCUAG